AAUGAUAUAAAUGGUGUUGUUGAGAGCGAAUUGAAGGAACUUCUUCAAAAUAUUACGGAUGAUAAGAAAUGGGAUGAUUUUUCUAAACACUGCAAGGACAACAUAGGUUCUUCAUGGUCAGACGACACCGAAGGAGAAAAAACUGCAAAGCAAAAAGCUUGUAAGCUUUUUGCUUCAGGUUUAAAACACAUUUCUGAUAUUCCUGACAACAGCACCAAGGAUGAUGGACCACUUAGACGAACUAUGAUGUGCGCAGCACUUAAUCUUUAUGCUGAUCAAUUAAUUUCAAAAGCAGAAAAUCAAUGUCCUUUAGAUAAUGAAAAAUUGAAAGACGCAAUAAAAUACGCUUUCGAUAAUGAUAAUAGUAAUGCCACUAAGAGUGGAGCAAAUUCGUGCAAAACUGGUAGUGGUACUAAUUCUUGUUUCGUUUGCGAAAGACAAAGCACUUUCCCCAAUUGCAAAAUUGGUCAUGACAAAAUAGAGGAGAAUAUGACUAAACUCCUCGACAAGGAAGACGAAUCCAACUCCCAACCCGACACCACCACCCCUAACAAGGAACAAACACUAGACAAAAUAAAUAAAAUAGAAACUUUCUGUACUCAAGUCCAAUGUGCCAUCAAACAAAAACUUAGGAGGCAAAAGAACCUUCAAAAUGGAACAGAACCAUCUUGGAGUGACAUCAAAGAUGACGCCACGAAGGAAUUAACUGAACUUAUAAAACAUAUGAUGCAACCUCCGGAGCAGAAGGACGUUGACAAAUACUGUAAAGACAAGGAAGAUGAAUGGUAUAAACUUGGCCAUAAACAAAGCAAAACAAAUAAAGCAGCUUGUUUGCAUUUUGCUGCAGGACUGCAGCACAUUUAUACCCAUGGUAAAGGCCAAAAGGACCCUCUUAAUGCCCCAUCGUUUGAACAAACGAUGGGUUGUUUAUUUCUUAAAGAAUAUGCAAAACAAUUGCAAACAAUGGCAAAUGAUAAGAAAAAAGGACACAGUUGGGUACAUCCUCUUUGUGACAUAGAUAAGGGCAUAACACAUGCUUUUAGCAAAACUCAAAACAUUAUGCAAGACACAUCUCCAUGCAAAACUAGUGGUACUAAUGACUGUUUUCCGUGCAAAUGGGACAAUAAGGAUUAUGAUAAUUGCUCCAUUGGAACUGACAAUGUAAAAACCAAUGUGGAUUUAAUGUUCAAGGACCAAACGGAACAAAUCCAAAUGGAAAAAACAUUAGAGAAUACAGUCUGUCCGAUCCUUAUUACGGAUCUCCUUACCCCUUUUCUUCCUUUGGCUCCUGUCUCUAUUGGUCUUUCUGCUAUGGCUUAUUACCUUUGGAAGUAUUUUGGUAAAGGAGGACCACGUCUCAGAAGAUCUCCUGCUGAUAUUCCUGGUUCAUCAGUACAGGAACAGCUCCUCGAUCGUGUGGAAGAAGCCGGUUCACAUGAAUAUCGAUUAGUGAAGGAACGCAAACCUCGUUCUGCUCCAACGAGAACGAAACGUUCUGGUCGCGUGAAUCGUCGAACGAUUAUUGAAAUUCAUUUUGAAGUGUUGGAUGAAUGUCAAAAAGGGGACACACAAUUGAACCAGAAGGAUUUUCUGGAACUUUUGGUUCAAGAAUUCAUGGGAUCCGAAUUUAUGGAAGAAGAAGAACAGGUUCCUAAGGAAGACGUUCUUAUGGAAAGUAUUCCUUUGGAGCAGGCUCCAAUGGAACGUGUUCCAAGUUUAGGUUCCGGGUUAAUGGUUUAG